CCACUACAUCGUGCGGCCCUACACCUUGGAACCCCUGCUCGUUCACCACUGCCUUCACCUCCCUCUCCUGCUCCUGACGGAGCGAUCGGUGCCAUCGUAUGGUCUCCAAUCUCAGCGAGAGUGACCUCUAUAGCUGGCUCCGUUCUCUCGACACUGAGUCGCGCGCUCGGUUGCUACGGUCGCUCUCCACGCUCGAGCAGCAGCAGCCCAGCGAGCAGCAGCCCAGCAGCAGCAGCGAGCCGCAGUUUGCGGCACAGCCAGCGUGCAGUCAGGACCUCCAGCUGGGAGCCGAGCCUCCGCCUGAAGCGGGCAGGCCGGCUGGCCCGCUGCAGCCGCCGCCACCGCCGCCGCUCCCGCUUCGAGUGGUGCCGCAAGCGCAGGCGCCGUCCGAUGGGGAAGAGCCUGGGGAGCCGAGCGAUGGCCUCCUUCCGCGCAGGGUGCGCUUCGGUGAUCGCAUUCUCGAGGGAGCCGCCGCCGCGGCAGCCGCCGCCGCCGCAGCUGCCGCCUCCCUCACUUCAUAUCGCGGUUCGCCUCCAGAAGGUUCGGCGCCGCCAGAGGACGCGUGCGCCGCGCUAGAGGCCGUCAUCGUCGACGUCGAUCCCGCAGCAGGGCCAGCCGUCGGGACAGCAGCAGGGUCAGCCGUGGGGACAGCAGCAGGGGCAGCAGCAAGGGCAGCAGCAAGGGCAGCAGCAAGAGCAGCAGCGGGGGCAGCAGCAAGGGCAGCAGCAGGGGCAGCAGCAGGGGGUCGAGGCAGAGGGCUCCUCGUCGGAGCCCUCCUGCGCUAGCGCCAGCGGCUGGCUCUCGCAGUCCGCCCCGAGCAGGCUCGCCCUCGACCGAGGCGCCGGAGGAAGAGGCAGCAGCACGACGAUGUCGCAGAUGCGGUACCUGGACCCGGCCGACCCCGAGGCGCCGCUGCGCGAGGUGUGGGGCCCCGUCCCCCGGCCGGUCGACCAGCUGUGGCAGCUCAACAGCUCGGCCGAGCUCGUCCUCUUUGCGCUCACUUGCGUCCUCCACCUCGCUACCAUCUGCGCCGCCGUCGGCCUCGGGUUCGGGCGCGAGGCGGUGCCGGCGCAGGAGGACUACUUCGGGUGCAGCGGCAACAUCAGCGGGCUCGUGGGCGAGGAGCACGUCGCCGCCGCCGCCGCCGCCGCCGUCGACAUGAUCCUCUCGCGCGCCCUCCUCGCCGAGGCCUUUCUGAUGGCUGCGUGCCUCACCUUCCUCGCCACGCGGCGCUGCUCGGCCGCCCUCGCGAUGGGCGUGCUCGGGUGGCACAUCCUGCAGUACACGCCCGCGGCGCUCGCGUCGUCGUCGCACCCAGACGCGCUCUGCGACCUCGUGCUGCGGCGCGAGCGGGCGGCGCGUGCUCCGGCCAGCGAGGGGUGGGAGCUGGUUGCGUACGGAGAGCUCUCCCUCUCCCUCGACGGCUACAUGUGGGUGCUCACCCUCCUCCCGCUCCUCGCCUCGUGCGUGCUUCUCUCGCUGCUGCUGGUGCGCCUCCGCGUCGCCAAGGCGACGGAGGCGAUGCGCAUCGCCGAGCUGCGACUCCGCUCCUCGUCGCGCGAGUCGCAGCUCUCGGUUCCUUCGUCGACGGUCCGCAUGAAGCGCGCCAUCCGCACGUCGGACGCGCUCGCCGCCGCCGACUUUUGCUCGGCGGUCACCGCUUGCUUCACGGCCGCCGCGCCGCUGCUGCUGCCGCAGCUGCCGUCGCUCCGCUGCGAGCAGAGCCUGUACUCGCCGUCGCACGAGUGCCCCGACGGCGGGAGGGCGGGCGUCGGCCUCUCCCUCGCGCUGGUGCUCGCCUACUACCCCCUCCUCCUUCUCCUCAACGCACGGUUGCGGGGAGGGUUCGGCGGGGCGAGGCGUCCCAUGCCGUUCGGCCGGGUCGCCGUCGCGGUCGCCCUCCUCGCCGCGCUCGGCGCGAGGGCGAGCCUGCUCGUCCUGCUGCCGGUGACGCUGCUCAACGUGCUCUCCACGGUGCUGCAGGCCCUCUCCGCCGCCGCCACGCUGCACAUGUUCCGCUCCGUGCGCGCCGCCUCGCGCUCGCAGCUGCGCGCGCUGCGGAACAUCCGAAACGGCACUUUCCACCCGGUGCCGCUUCGCUUCCAGUCAGUGCUGCGUGUCAAGGACGCGUCCGACAUCGAGGCGCUGCUGCGCGGCUGCACCGCCGUCCGCGUCGACGGCGUCGUCGUACGCCGCGUGCCGACCCGGCGCGAGCGCGCCGCGGCGAGCUGCGCGCGCGUGCGGGCGCGGCUCGGCCAGUCCGCGUGCGGCGGCUGGCUGCUGCGCGUGCCCGCGCGCGUCGGGGAGGCGCUGCUGAGCGCCCUGGGCUGCCUCUGUUGCUGCUGCCCGACGCCCGUCCGCGCCACCGCCCGCGCCGCCCGCUCCUCCCUCGGCCGGCUGCUCGGCGGCGGGAGGCCCGCACCGCGCGGCGGCGACUCCUUCCACAGCAGCGUCGACUCGGAGCAGGGGCUCGGCAGCUCGUCCGAGGGCCGGCGGCGCGGCGCGGCCAAGCCGAGCGAGCUGUCGAUCCUCCCGUCGAGCGAGCGCCAAGUGCUGGUGCAGCUCUCGUCCGACCUCGCCACGAUCAACAUCUGCUGCCCCUCGGGCCACCGCGCCGGCGCGCGGCUGCUGCGUGACGGGCACGAGUCGGGCCAGCUCCCCUCCUUCACCGCGCUCCUCGAGUUCUCCAAGCCGGCCGAGGCCGCGCCGUGGCUCGCGCUGGGCAGGCUGCUCGAGGCGCCGCCCGACGUGCUGCCGCGGCGGUGGCGCGCCCUCUACCUGCGCGCCUUCACCGCCUCGUGCAGCCAGCCCGCCCUCGGCCUCGUCGUGCCGGUCGAGCUGGACGCCUUCCUCCGCCGGCUCAACCUCGACCCGCAGGCGGCUCGGCCGCCGCCCUCGGCGCCGCGCGCCCGCACGCCGGGGCCCGUGGUCCUGUCGCACGAGCACGACCAGCGCGGGGCGGAGCAGCCGCCGCUCUCCGCGCUGGUCGGCUUCACGCGUGCAUGCUCGCUGCUCCGCCCCGUCGCGCGCUGCCGCCGGCUCGACGACGAGCUGAAGAGCCUCGGGCAGCCGCCGCCGCGAUCGCUGAGCAAGGAGGCCUUCCUCAGGCUCAUGCGCGCCUUGCGCCGGCCGCUCGGGCCCGCCGACGUGAGGCCGGACGCCGCCGAGGCGGAUCGGCGCCGGAGGUGCGAGCAGGGGCGCCGCACGCUCCCGGACAGCGACGACGAGAGCCGCCGCUCGCUCGGCUCGCGGUAUAGCGGCUCCGGCCGCUUCGGCUCGAGCCGCUUCUCUCUGCUGUGGGAGCGGCCGGAGCAGCACUCUGAGACGCGCGUGGCGCGGGGCGGCUCGCACGAGAACCUCUUCUCGAGCUGGUCGGGGCUCGGCCGCCGCAGGGCCACCACGGAGCAGGUCAAGUGCAGCUUGGGCCGCGAGGAGAUUGACAAGAUCGUCAAGCCGGGCGCGACCGAGGCGGAGGCACGCGGGGCGAUCGCGCUUGAGCAAAUCCUGAAGAAGGAGCGCUUCACACAGCCGGAGGAGGGCGGCGAGCUCGUCCUCGCGAAGGGCCGCUCCAUGUCCUUUACGUCGCACGCGUCCGGCGGCUCGAGCGACGAGGAGCUCGACGAGUCGUCAAAGCUGAGCGAGAGGACGGAAUCAGUGGCCUCGAGGAGCGGCGAGGCGUCGCGGUCGGCCGAGCGGCGCGAGAGGGCCGGCCUGGCAGGCAUGAUCGGUGCGUCCCUCCGGUCGCUGGUCCCGCCCCUCUCGCCGGCCAAGCCUGCGGCGCCGCGGCGGCAGCGGUCGCACGACGGCGCGGCGGCCGAGAUUGCACUCGCUGACAUCGCGGAGGCGGCGCCGGCGCCGGCGAGGCCGCCGACGCGGGUCGCUCCUCCCCGGAGGCAGCGGUCGUACGACUCAGUCGCGGGCGGGCUGACCUCCAGCCUCCCUCUCGUCGUCAGCCGCCACCGCCGGCAGGCGUCCGACUCCGACCUGUGCGGCAGCGGCGGGAGCGAGGGACACCGCGGGCUCGCGGGGAGCGGCACAGCCCCGCGGCGGCACCAGCGGCAGCUCUCGUGGAACGCCCCCCUGCGGCGGCUGGGGCACCCCGGGGGAGGCACCCCGCCGCAGCUCGAGGUGCAGCUCCCGGGAGAGAGCCUUGCGCGGCGCCGCUCGUCGGAGCUGUCCGCUUCUCUGCCCGAUGGCGGGCGGGCCCAGGCCCUCUUCGGCGCCGUGACCGCCAUACAGUCCUUUCGCUCGCGCAUCCGCGUGAGCCAGCUCUCGCCCGAGCAGGCCCGCGGGUCGGACACCGGCUCGGCGCUCAGCGCGCACGGCCACCGGCGGGCCAGGCCGCGGGGCCAGGCGACGGCGGUGGCGCGGGCCGGUCAGGAGGGGGACGCGGAGGCGCGCGCCGCGUUCGAGGCGUACGCUACGCGGGUCAACGGGGCGCUCCGCCUCUCCCGCGACGAGCUGCUCGGCGUCGUGUCGGACCCGGAGCUCAACGGCGCGGUGCACCCGCGCGAGAGCGCCGUGUGGCACGACAUGACCCAGCCGCUCUCGUCGUACCUCAUCUUCACGUCGCACAACACGUACCUCGUCGGAGAGCAGGUCGUGGGCCUCUCCCUCGCCGCCGCCUACUCGCGCGCCAUCGCAAUGGGCUGCCGCUGCGUCGAGCUCGACUGCUGGGACGGCGGAGCGCCCUCGUAUGAGCCGAUCCUGACGCACGGCAAGACGCUCACCUCCAACAUCAAGGCGCGCGACGCGAUCGCCACCAUCGCCGCGGCGUACGAGGCGCUGCCUCCCGCCGCGCGCACGCCGCUCGUGCUGUCGCUCGAGAUGCACUGCACGCCGCCGCAGCAAGUCAAGCUCGCCGAGCUCUUCAAGGCGGCGCUCGGGGAGCGGCUGCUCCCGCCGGGCGACGGCGUGCUGCGCUCGCCCCUCGAGCUGAUGGGCCGCAUCCUCCUCAAGGGGCGGGUCGUCCCCACCACCCACCCCGCCUUCAAGGGCUCCUCCGCCGCCGCCGCGCUGCCGCCGCGGCCCGCCGCGCAGGGCUCGUCCGAGGACGCCGCCCCCGCGGCGUGCGACGCGCACGCGUCGGUGCGCCAGCUCUCAAACGUCUUUGCGCCGCAGCGGUCCGAGUCGGGGCUCAGCAUCGGGUCGCUGCAGCGCGGCGAGUCGAGCAGUUCCAACGGGACGGCCGCCGGCUCGGCUGCCGGCUCGCUGCAGCGCGCCGACUCGAAGGCCUCCGUCGCCGGCUCGCUGCAGCGAGGCGAGUCGGCCGGCUCGGUCGCCGCCUCGCUGCCGCGCGACGAGUCGAGGGACUCGGUCGUGGGCCCGCUGCAGCGAGGCGAGUCGGCGCCGGUGAUCGGCUCGCUGCAGCGAGGCGAGUCCACCAGCUCGGUCUACUCCGACUACUCCGUCGGCACGGCCGCGUGCUCCAACUACUCGGGCACGACCGCCGACUCGCCGCGCCACCGCGACGGCUCGCCCGAGCGCCGGGCCGCAGCAGCGGGGGUGGGCGACGGCAAGCGGCGGCCGCGGAGGCCGCGGCCGCGCGGCGCGUCUCGCGUGUGCAGCAAGGCGUCUGCGGCCCUCUCCUACCUCUCCACGGCGGGCCGCUCGGCGGCGGGCGGCGGCGGCAGCGGCAGCACGGUGCACUCGGGCCGGCUGAGCAUGGUCUCCUUCGACGACGCUGCGCCGGUGAGCCGGAGCUUCUUUGUGCAGCUCCGCUCGUGCGACGGCGCCCGGCCGCAGCUGUGGCUCCACGGCGAGCGGCGGGCCGAGCUUGCUGCCGGCGGGCAGGCCGCCCCCCCCGAGGGCGAGCAGCAGGAGGCCGGCCCGCGGGGCGACGCCAAGGGCGGCGGGCUGCCGGAGACUGCCGACGCGCUGCUGUCGGAGGUGUCUGCCGUCGGCCCGCUCCCGUCGGGCCCGGCCGCCGCGGUGGCCGCCGCC